GGCCGUCCCAACCCGGUCCAGCGUGCGUCAUCGGAGAGCUGUCGUUUCCUCUACAACGAACCACUUGGACCAUCUGGAUCCCGACCAUGAUCCAUCCAGUUGCAGUAUCAGAUAUCAGGGCAGUCAGGUGGUCCACAGCCUUAACCGGGGACCGUCCUCACGCCAUCCUCUUCUCCUCAUCUCGACUCCUCAAGUCCCCGUCCUCGUUCCAGUGCCGUCGCCUAUGGAGGUGCACACAUGAACGACACAACUAUGACCACCUCAUGAGACAAAUGGACAAGCAUAACCGCUUCUACUUAUCGAAGCUGCGCGACAGACCAGCUCGACCUCCGCGACAAGCACAUACCGUAUAUGAACACCAUCAUCCCUGGUGGAACCGAGGAUGCGAGUCGCACGACCACAAGCCCAGGUAUUUUGAGAUUAAAAAUGAGAGGGCACAGAAGAAAGAUUUUUGGGAAGCCGAAAGGACCCGGUUGCAGCAGAAAAUGAAUCAGAUCCACAAUGCAAUCGAGAAGGAUCCUUACGCGGCGAUAUUCGGACGGAGGCUGGGGCUAUUUGGCUCCUUUGGGAAGCUUGACAAUACGCUGACCUCUCUCUGUCGUUCGUUUUUGGGGCUUGAUAAAUCGAAGAAUGCAAUCGAUACGACAGCGCGUUCAAAGAGUGCCCCAACCGCCUCCAGAGGCUUUUCUAUUCCUGUCAAGAUGACGAAGUCAGAUAUCGUCAGCGAUGACACACUGUCAAGUGUAAACCCUGCGAGCUCAAGUAGGGUAGGCUACGAGUUCGACCCCAUCAGCGGCCGUAUGAUUCUCAGGGACUUGACACAAUCCGAUGUGGCUGGGAAGACUGGAAAGGGAACUGUUCAUGAUGCGCCAGUGGGAGCUCAAGAAUCACAACCCCAGCCAGCUGGUUACAUGUCUCCAGUUAAACAUUCCACAGACUCAGGUGUGGGUGGGAAAGCUUCCCCGGAACGCCUUUCGCAAGAUGAUGGUUUUGCAGUCCCAGUUGCGGACGAGAACGUCCAAAAGCAUGAGGUGCAAGAGGAUGAAUCAUCGCCAGCUCAGGAAGAAUCUCGAAAUCAAUCAACGGUCUUCCACAAGGGUUCCAAUGGUGUUUUUGAAGACGCUGACGGCCCCCCAGAGGCAAUCAUAGUGGAGUCUUCAAAGGCUCAAAACACCGUGACGCCAGAAAGUGCCAUUGAUAACGGUAUCCAUGAGCAGCUGGAUCUGCCGGGACAAACCAAGACCCCUGGGACCCACUUUAAUGACACAAUGGCGAGCAAGUAUGGUAAUCAAGGAUAUACUGGUCCCUCAUCCAAGGUCCCUCGAGGCUUCUUGGACUCGGCACAAGAGCCUGACAGGAUGCGAAUGGAGAGGGAGGAGGACUUGGAUCUCUUGAGUGCUAGUGACAUCCGGGGUCCUUACUACUUGAAGAAAUUCAGUCAAGACCCUGAGACGAAGCCAUCCCGCAAAGAUUUGGAUGCUACGUUUGAUUCACAUUUUGACACUGUCGGCACUAUUGAUGCUGAGAGCAUUCGAAGCAGAUUCCAAAAGCACGAGGUAGAAGAUGCGGUCAAGAAACCCAGCUCAAUGAGUUCAGAUGUGAGGGAACAGCCAGACCCGCAGGGCUUAGAAAGUCCAGGGACUUCUAAGGUGCAUGUCCAGAAUGAAGAACAGGAAACCAUCCAAUGCUCUGGGCAAACAGCUAAGGCAAAGUCCCUCGCCAAUGGCACGUCUACCGAAUUCUAUCGAGUCCUUGCAUAUGAUCCUACCACCCUCGAGGUCAGCGAGGCAGAAACAAGCACGUCUUUCCAUACUCCGAAUGAGUCUGCGGAUCCAGCAGAAGUCCUUGGUCGCUUGAACAUGCCCGCCAAGUUUCUGCCUCAUUUUGCAAAAUUGCAUGCUGACGGCUAUGAGAUUGUUUCUGGUGGUGGGGAUAUUCUUGUUUUCAGGAAAACGCAUGUGUCCGUGGAGGACGAUGCUGGUCUGCUUGCUCACGCGGUGAAAGGCAGUCUCGCAACCCAGGCGGAAGCCUUGGAACAAAGUCCAUCUUCUAGCAAACUGCCGCGAGUACAAGGCCGGGUCGAUGCUGAAGACUUCCCCGACGCACCACCCACGAACGAGACAAUAUUAUCUGAUGCUGACAUGUCAAACACCAAACGCUCAAAGCCCGAGUCCAAACCCGGCAAAGCACUACGCAGGAUGGCUUUCGGCGGUGCAGUCACGGCAGCGACAUGCUAUGCAAUUGGCGUGGUGGUCGAGUAUUUCCGCACCGGCGGAAAAGACGGACGAGGAAUUGACGGCUUCACGGUAUUCGAGUCUGAAAGACGCCACGGAGACUGAAUGACCACUGGUGUCUGCGCACGUGUAUAGUAACUAGGAAAUUUCGAGUCACAUUGUGUGGACUAUUUGCUCUCCCCUCAUCAGAAAAAUUAGAAAAGCCACAAUCUCUGCUGCAAUUUAGAUACACAUACACCUCCAUCUGCCUCGUCAACGCCAUUAACUUUUCUCAGGUCCAUCCAUUCCCCCAUCUUCGUCAUUCUGCUUCACCAUCAUUCUCAGCCUUUCUCAGGUCCAACAACCCCCAAGUACUCGAUCAAGC